AAGUGUCCGUUAUCUGUGAUGGAGAUAAGAGAGUAAAAAAAAAAACCAACUUAGGCCCAGCGCGUAGAGCGCAAAAUCUCGCGGAGCGUUCCAGCAACCGUUUUCCUCGAGGUAGAAAAAUGUGUACAGUACAUCGCGAUGUGCCGUUCCGUCACCACGUGAGCGCGAUAUUAUUUUAACUCGUUCUCGCGCCAAUACGCCGUAAAAUAAAUCGUGAGACUUUUUUCAAAUUUUUAUUCAGUCCCCCGUGUAAAGUGAAAUAGUAUUCCAACGCUGUGUGUGUGUGUGUGUGUGUGUGUGUGUAUUUUUUUCAAUUUCAAUACUUAAGAAAAUUUUAGUCGCCCUGUAAUAUAUUGCAAUACUCCGAGAUUAGUUUCGCUGUCGUAAUACAGUUAAUACAACCCUUAAUGCGUGCGAUAAUAUACGACUUAUAUUUCGACUUGUAACGUUGCAUUAAUAUUCUGUAUACGAUUUAUUGUUUUCGAUUCCCUCGAAUUUGAACAAGAACCAAAGUUAAUAAUAUACGUAUUUUAUUGGAUAUGGUACUGCUCGCGGAACAUAAUAGUAUACUGUAAUAAGGCACCUAUGUGAACAUAUUUUGAUUGACGAUAAUCAGUAUUGUGUAUUAUCACAGUGAAAACAGUGUCGCGAAUAAUGCCCUCGACGGACGACGCUGUGAAGCGAUAUGGAAUUACCGAGAGACCACUCAAACAUAAAUAACGAAAACAAAAAUCAUCGUUGAACUUAAAGUCAUUAAGGUUUCGGAACGGGCCAUGAACGGAUCGGAUUUCGGCGGGCCCAACUCGACCAGCAACGGAACCGACGGCGCGGCGUGGCCCGACAGCAACCAAUUCGAGUUGCCGUGGUGGCACCAGCUGGCAUGGACCGUGCUGUUUGUGCCCAUGAUCAUGGUGGCCACGGGCGGCAACCUGAUCGUCAUAUGGAUCGUCAUGACCAACAAGCGGAUGCGGAACGUGACCAACUACUUCCUGGUGAACCUGUCCAUCGCGGAUGCCAUGGUGUCCACGCUCAACGUGUCCGUAAACUUUAGUUACAUGCUGACCAGCAACUGGACGUUCGGCACGGCCUAUUGCAAGAUCAGCCAGUUCGUGGCAGUCCUGUCCAUAUGCGCCAGCGUGUUCACCCUAAUGGCCAUAUCCAUCGACAGGUAUGUGCCCCUUAUAUUCAGGCUGCUCUUCGUGAGGUACUUCACACCGUUGUCACGCGGCGCUAACGCUCUCCAAUAUUAUUACCGGAGAGAGACCCAAAUAUCUGAUUUUAAAAAUCUCACGUUACAACACGGUACUGCAGCUGUUAAGAACGUUGCACAAUUCAUUUAAUAUAAAAAUAUAUUAAAAAAUAGUAUUUAUUUGUUCAUAAAUAGUUGGGGAUUAGUG